AUGGGUGAAGCACAGAGCCUCCCUCAUAUGGGACCGAAGAAGACCUUCGCCGACCGUGCCAACGGCUUGCGAAAGGCCCUCUUCACGAGGAAGGGUCUCGUCGGCGACUAUGACUACGCGUUCCUCUUCCGACCGAACCUCCCUUUUCUCACCAAGACUCGCCGGGCAUCACCGUUUUUCGGCCUUGACGACUCGAUGCCGGUCGUCCUUGCUCUUUUGCUAGGUUUCCAGCAUGCGCUUGCAAUGUUGGCGGGCAUCAUAACACCUCCACUCAUUUUGGCCGGCGCGGGCGGCGUCAACCUGCCUGUAGAUUGGCAACAAUAUCUUGUUUCGACCUCUUUGAUUGUCUGUGGCAUUCUGUCUUGUAUCCAGAUCACAAGAUUCCAUAUCUGGAGGACGCCAUAUUACGUCGGAACAGGCUUGAUCUCUGUUGUGGGCACAUCCUUCGCCAUCAUUCCUGUCGCUACUGGCGCUUUCACUCAAAUGUAUGCCAACGGUAAAUGCCAGCUGGAUGCCGAUGGCAACCGCCUGCCAUGUCCCGACGCAUACGGUGCACUGAUCGGCACUUGCGCUCUGUGCGCCUUGGUGGAAAUUGCGCUCUCUUUCCUGCCACCGAACGCGCUGCGGAAGAUCUUCCCACCCAUUGUCACGGGUCCGACGGUCAUCCUCAUCGGUGUGUCCUUGAUUGAGUCGGGAUUCCAAAACUGGGCCGGCGGUUCCGGUCUGUGCGCCGCCAGGCCGGAGAGCGGGCCGUUCCAAGUUUGUCCUCAGGAGGGCGCUCCUCACGCUCUCCCGUGGGGAAGUGCAGAGUAUAUUGGAUUGGGAUUCUUGGUCUUUGUGACCAUCUUACUCUGCGAACGCUUUGGUUCGCCUAUCAUGAAGUCCACCAGCGUCAUCCUUGGUCUCUUGACUGGCUGUAUUGUCGCGGCAGCCUGCGGAUACUUCGACAAUUCGGGCAUCAACUCUGCCCCAGUCGGCUCCUUCAUCUGGGUGAAAACCUUCAAGCUGAGUCUUUACGGCCCACUCGUCUUGCCCAUCAUGGUGGUCUUCAUCAUUUGCGCUUGUGAGGCCAUUGGCGACAUCACCGCCACCUGUGAUGUCUCCCGCCUCGAGGUCGAGGGUCGUCAGUUCGAGUCUCGCAUCCAAGGCGGUGUCUUGGCUGACGGUCUCAACGGCUGCUUGGCUGCAUUGAUGACCAUCACGCCAAUGUCGACCUUCGCCCAGAACAACGGCGUCAUUGCCUUGACACGAUGCGCAAAUCGCAAAGCCGGGUACUUCUGCUGCUUCUUUCUGAUCGUUGCCGGUAUCUUUGCCAAGUUUUCGGCCGCGCUUGUCGCCAUUCCAUCGUCAGUUCUAGGUGGCAUGACCACUUUCCUCUUCUGUGCGGUGGCGGUGUCUGGAAUGGCCAUUGUCAACCGAGUCCCCUUCAACCGGCGAACUCGAUUCAUCCUGACGGCAUCACUUGCUCUGGGAUACGGCGCCACGCUUGUCCCCACGUGGUUCAACUAUGUCUUCACAUAUCAGGGUGACAAUCACGCACUUCGAGGCUUCUAUGACGCGCUCGUGCUGGUCUGCGAGACAGGCUUUGCUAUUACCGCGUUCGUGAGCAUGAUUCUCAACCUGACUCUGCCAGAUGAGAUCGAAGACAUCCCGGCCGCAGAGCCCCAGCAGGAUAUGCUUGUGAAGCCCGGGUCUGAUGCGGGAAGUUCGGCUGCUGAAGGCGUUGAGACCAAAGGCCAAAUGAGUGUUGCGCCGGGCAAGGAGCUUGUGUAA